AGAUUCUUUUGUGACAAGGUUUAAUCAAACUUCUGUGAUCAAAAUGCCUCGCGGAACAACGUAUGCUAACAAUUCGUCUAACCGAAGUCUAGGUAGGGUUGGUAAGCCUAUGGGCAGUGCUCCGGUAUCACGAUCUGGUGGCGGAGGAAGCUCACGUGGUAGUGGUGGUGGUGGUGGUGGUGGUGGAAGUAGUGGUUCUGGGGCCUCUAAGACCUACGCCGACAAUCCUUCCAACCGUAGGUCGGGGAGAGCUGGUAUGCCACUCGGAAGCAUGCCCAUCUCGAGAGGUUCAAGCAGCUCCGGUAGUGUUUCAAGUUCAGCAUCUACCAGCACCUACGUUGACAACUCUUACAACCGAAGCUUGGGUAGAGUUGGGAUGCAACACGGUACCAUGUCGGUCUCUAAAGGUUCUACAAAUGCUGCCCCGAGUUCAGUAGAUACCAAAACAUACGUUGACAACUCUUACAACCGAAGCUUGGGUAGAGUUGGGAUGCAACACGGUACCAUGUCGGUCUCUAAAGGUUCUACAAGUGCUGCCCCGAGUUCAGUAGAUACCAAAACAUACGUUGAUAAUGCCUACAACCGUAGUCGUGGUAGAGUUGGAAUGAAACUCGGAAGUAUGUCAAUAUCCAAAGACUCCAAAACAGUCAUGAGUGGUGAUAGUAAGAAGACGCAAGGCACUGUGAAAACAGAACCAAAGCUUUAUGCUGACAACGCAAUGAAUAGAAAACUAGGUAGAGCUAAUAAACCUUUUGGUAGUAUGCCGGUAUCAUCGAAGAAAACUGAAACCCGCUAUAUGCAAGAGGCUUACGAUCACCGGAUGAAUAACCCAAAUGAAGAGUUCCACCAACCAUUCACAGCAAGUGAUCUUGAUUCGCUGACACAGCGUAUAACAGAGAUGAUCAAUCGCAUUGAGUUAUCGAAAAACUACGACCAGCUGGCUCCUGUUAAAAAGCCCUUCGAGUGGUAUGAAGGUCCAGAAAUCCAGUUCAGUGAUCUUCAAAUUGGAAAGAUAAUUGGACAUGGUGGUUUUGGUGAUGUUUACCACGCCAAACUGAAGGGUAAAGAAGUUGCCGUUAAGAAGUUACGCGUCCAGCGUGUAAGUCAGAAGAAGCAGUCUCAGUUCGAAGAGGAAGUUCGAGUCUUCUGUAAACUUGAGCACAAGAAUAUCAUUACUUUCUACGGCGCAUGUAUCACAACACCAAAUCUGUGCAUCGUAAUGGAGUUUAUGGAAGGAAGUCUGUACGACAAACUGCACAUUGAACAGCACCAAUUCAGCGAUAAGGACCAGAAGUUCAUCGCGAUGGAAAUUGCUGAUGGUUUGGUUUACCUGCAUUCAGAGAAUGUUGCACACUGCGACAUGAAGCCAACUAAUGUACUAAUCAACGUUGGUGACGACGUAGACAAACACACAGUGAAAAUCACUGAUUUUGGUUUGAGCAUGAUGAAAAACUACGCUGAAACAUCUCGCUCUACUAGGGCGGAAGAUCUGGUGAAAGAGGUUGGCACUCCACGCUAUUCGGCACCCGAAGUUCUACGUGGUGACUUUCUUGACACAAAAGGAAUGAUGUUUGCAGACGUGUAUUCGUUUGGUCUGGUCAUGUUCGAAAUAUUUAGCGGUGAAGAGGCUUUUGAUGAUUAUAAUGCUCAUCAAUUGAAGAAGCAUAUUGGAAAUGGUGAUCGUAAGCCCGACGUUGCUGAAUUGGAGCUUUCACACCCGUUGCAGGAGUUAAUGUUGAAGUGUUGGGUUAGAAAUCCAACGGAACGACCAACAGCAAAGCAAUGUGUUUUGUCUUUGAAAAAAGCUGAUUAAUAUACGGUAAUACUCUAAAGUAUCGUUUUAUAAUUUAGUAAUUUAGUAUAAUUUAGUGCUUGUGUAUUUAGUAUUUAGAAUCAAUCAAUUCAAGUUUAAUGGUUUGUUUUUCCUUUUGUUUUUCUGGUUUCAUGCGCAUGUUGUACAAAAUGUUUUAAUUUGACAGCAUACUAAUUUCGUAGUUUGUACUAAGUAAAUGAGACAGUUAAAAACACAAAGAUUGAUUUUUAAAUUGUAUAAGAAGAAAAUACAAUAAAGUAAUAAAAUUAAGUUAGGUAAAAUGUACAUAUUUUACAUAUAUAAUUCGAAAAAUUAUCAUUAAACCAGUCAUACGUGUUAUGUGUUGAAUUUAGACAUACCAACAUAUAUAUUAGUAGAUAAUGAUCAACAUGAAUACGCAAUGAGACAAGCGUAACUUACAAACUUGGCUAUAAAGGCCAUAAAGAAGAUAAAUACAUUUUCUGUUACACUGAUACAUUACAAUCAUUUACUUAAAUGGCCGUGGCAUACAGUAGUACGAUUUUAUAUUCUAUCAUAUCACUUUUUUAAUUUGUAAGUUUUAAGAAGUUAAAUUUACCUAUGUUAAAUACGAACAACAAAUUGUAUUCGAAUUGAUGGUUUUGUUUUAUGUAUUAUUAUAAUAGAGUAGUUAUUAAACUCAUAUUUUUAUGUUCGCUAUAAAUAACCUAGUCUACUAAUACCAUAUACCAUACACUAUAUACUAUAAUGUUAUUUUAUGUAAGCUUGUCUUUUAAUAACUUACUUAU